AACAGGACACUGAUUUCGGAUUGGUAUUUGCCCUAUUUUUUCCCUUUUUUAUUUUCUGUUACUUUCCCUCUCGCGGCUCUCUGUCUUUCUCACGCGUUCUUAACUUCCCCGGUCCUCCUUUCCGGUCGGACUUUCAUUGACGUUGCCGAAGCUGAUAGCGUCCGGCGAUCUUCUCUGCCGACGUCGUUUCCAGAAAAGGAGAUGAAUUUCAACUCCAUUUACUUUUUAAACUUAAGGAGAUGACUUGUGAUUUGCAAACUUGGGGAGAUAGAUUUUGAUUUGCAGAGGUCGGUGAUACAAUGAGCCGACCAACUACGCGGAGUAAAAACAAAAGACGACAGGAGGAUAAUGUUAAUAUCACCUCUGAAAUAUUGAGGAAAAUUCAUGCAACAAGUGAAAUAACCAAUGAUGAUGUAAAUCAACUGUACAUGAUUGGGAAACCAGCUUGUCAAGGCUGUCGUGUGAAUACUAAAGAUAAUCCCAACUGUUUUUGUGGCCUGAUUCCACCACCCAAUGGCAGUCGCAAAUCUGGGUUAUGGCAAAAAUUGUCUGAUAUUGUUCAAGCCCUUGGCCCAGACCCAUGCAAGGAUCUUCGUGCUUCUGCUGGUUCACCUGCUGGCCUCACAAACCUGGGAGCAACAUGCUAUGCCAAUAGCAUACUUCAAUGUCUUUACAUGAAUACAUCUUUUCGAGAAGGGGUUUUCUCUGUUGAAUCUGAAGUAUUGAAACAACAGCCUGUUUUGGAUCAGCUUGCUCGGCUUUUUGCACAGUUGCAUGCAAGUAAAAUGGCUUUCAUUGACUCAGCUCCAUUUAUAAAGACGCUGGAGUUAGAUAAUGGAGUUCAGCAGGAUAGCCAUGAGUUCUUGACGUUACUUCUUUCCUUGCUUGAACGCUGUCUAAGCCAUUCUAAAGUUUCCAAAGCAAGAACAAUCGUUCAAGAUCUCUUCUGUGGAAGUGUGUCACAUGUAACAACGUGCUCAAAAUGUGGACAAAAUUCUGAAGCUUCUUCAAAGAUGGAAGACUUCUAUGAGCUGGAGUUGAAUGUAAAAGGAUUGAAAAAUUUGGAUGAGAGUUUAGAUGAUUAUCUUAGCGUGGAAGAACUUCAUGGCGAGAAUCAAUAUUUCUGUGAAUUGUGUAAAAUGAGGGUUGAUGCUAUUCGAAGUAUCAAACUAAGAACUCUGCCUGAUGUCCUAAAUUUUCAGCUUAAGCGUUGUGUUUUCCUUCCAAAGACGACAACAAAGAAGAAAAUCACAUCUGCAUUUUGUUUCCCUGGAGUUCUGGAUAUGAGACAGAGAUUGUCUGAAUCUUCUAUGUUGGAUUGGAUAUAUGACCUGUCAGCAGUGUUGAUUCACAAGGGAACGGCUGUAAACAGUGGUCAUUAUACUGCUCAUAUUAAGGAUGAAAAUACUGGGCAGUGGUGGGAAUUUGAUGAUGAGCAUGUCUCAAACUUAGGUCUUCAUCCAUUUGGAGAAGGCUCUUCAACUUCUACAUCAAAAGUUGUUAAUAGUGAGCCUCCAGCUGGCAUAGAAGAAAUUCAUGUUGUUACUAAUGGAAAUCAUAUUGACACUGCUCAGCCACAGUCUUUGAAACCGAGCACUGAUAGUCUUGCCGGAACAUUUUCAUCUAAUGAUGCAUAUAUGCUGAUGUAUACUCUUAGGCGUACCAAGAAGGUAGAUGAGAAAAGACCUGUUGUUUGUGGUGACAGCAAAAUUGAAUUAGAAAGUAAUGAGAGUUCUUCACAUGAAACUUCUCUUCCAUCUCACCUUUUUGAAGACAUAAAGAAUUUGAAUGCAUCGUAUCUUGAUGCUUGCGAACGGUACAAAAUGAAGAAGGAAAAAGAGGUGAAUAAUAUUGCAGAAAGGAGACAAGAAGUGCGAUCAGUUCUUGCUGAAGCUCCUGUACGGUCAUUUGAAGCACCAUGUUAUUGGGUUUCUGUUGAUUGGCUUCGCCAGUGGGCUGACAAUGUUACUCCAACCAGUUCAAUAGAUAACACCCCCAUCCAAUGCUCGCAUGGAAAAGUUCCAGUUUCAAAAGUUGGCUCUAUGAAGAGGUUGUCUGCUGAAGCUUGGACCAAACUGUUCUCCAAGUAUGGUGGAGGGCCAAAACUAACAAAUGAUGACUACUGCAUGGCUUGCCUGAUUGAUGGUGCAAAAUCUGUUGUCUGUGCCGAUAGCUAUAGGGAUCGAAGGGCAUUAAUGAGGGACCUGGCAUCUGAUGUACUUGCAGGGAACUGUCUUGAUGGAACAUAUUAUGUAUCUAAGACAUGGUUGCAGCAAUGGGUGAGAAGAAAAAACCUUGAUGCUCCAAGCGAAGGUGAUGCAGGGCCAACAGUUCCAAUUAGGUGCCCUCAUGGGCAACUUAUGCCUGAGCAAGCGUCUGGUGCCAAGAGAUUGCUGGUACCAGAGAAGCUUUGGCUCUUCUUUUAUGAGGAUGCGAUUGCAGUGAAACCUGAUGAUCCUUUGGGUUGUACAACUUUUCCUUCUGAUUCUGAGCAGUGUCUCCAGUGCUGCGAUGAACUUUCUGAAGUUGCCUGUUUGGAGGAUUCUUUAAGAGCAAUGAAGCUAAAACAACGCCAGAAUCAUGAGAAACUGGCCAUGGGAAAAGGCAUUCCCCUUUCUUUGUACUGCAAGUAUUACUUGGUUCCCUCUUCAUGGCUUGCAAAAUGGAGAAAUUAUGUAACUGCAAGUGGCAAGAAUCUCUCUUCAUCAGUGGAACCUGAAACUCUGGAUUUUGUAAUUGAUUCGUUAAAAUGUGAAAAGCAUUUACGGCUCCUAGAACGUCCUCCUGACCUGGUUUUCAAACGUGGCAUACUAUUUCAGAAGGGUUCUACUACAGAUGGCUUAACAAUCAUUACUGAGAAUGACUGGAAUAAUUUCUGUGAAGAAUGGAGUGGUAGUAAGGAUAAGGGUAUUUUUGCAAUAAUUGAGCCCAGUAAUGUUGCGGAAAACAAUUUGGCUGGCUCCUGCGAAGAGAUUCCUAUAAAUGAGGAGCAUCUGAAUCCUCAAGAUGAAGUAAAUAAUGAGACUGAAACCAGACAGCCUAUAAUUAGGACUUGUCCUGAGAUUUGUGAGGACUGCAUAGGGGAAAGGGAAAGUUGCAAGUUGAUGCAGAAACUCAAUUACUCCAAUGAGGAUAUAUAUGUAUCUCUUGUUCAUGGUAAGGAAGCUCCAAGAUCAGUUCUAGAAGCAUCUGAGACCAAUUCUGAGCCUGAUCGGCGAGCUUCCAAACGUUCUCGAAAGACCAGUUAUGGGAAUUCAGUAAAUUUGAAAGUUUCUGGUUCUACAUCAAUAUACCAGUUAAAAAUGAUGAUUUGGGAAUCACUUGGGGUAGUUAAAGAGAACCAGAUACUUCACAAAGGUUCUAAGAUAAUUGAUCAGGAAUGUGCUACUCUUGCAGACUUGAAUAUAUUCCCCGGGGAUAAGCUUUGGGUGCAAGACUCUGAAAUCCAUGAGCAUAGAGAUAUUGCUGAUGAGCUUGCUGACCAGAAAAUGAAUAAAUCGCAUGCUGAAGAAGGGUUUCGUGGAACGCUUUUGACUGCAGCAGAUAUUUCAUCGGAAGUUGUUUAAGAUGAAUGCUUAAAAUAGUUGGUCUCCAUGUUACAUAUCCACCUUUGUACAUAUGGAUUCUGGGAGAGGAAACUAACCUGAAUGUUUGACCUGACUAUCUUAGAACCAGCAGGUGGGAUUGGUGAUUUUGGCGCUGAGCAUUUUGAAAGGCUGGUGGAUUAGUGCUUCUAUAUAUAAAUAUAUUUGUAACAUUUGUACUUGGACAUAUUAUAAAAUAUAU